UGUUAGCCCCUCAAAUACAUGUUGAACGAGUGAAUGAAUUCCUUAAUCAGUUCCUUAUUUCAGGAGGUGUAAGAGCAGAGAAUGGAGAUUUUAACAAGGACUUUAAGGCCUCUGAUAGAGAAUUAAUCCAGAUGGUUUUCAAGAAAUGGAGUUCUUAUGGUUUUCUGAGAUGGGAAGGUGGGGAAGGGGUUGACCGACCAGGAAAUGUGGUAGGUUUGGAGUCAGUGUUUCUCUGUGUUCUAGGUGAUUUCGAUCCUGAUUCGGUUCAGCUCCCCAAAUACCUGCGCUGCUAUCGAUGCCUCUUGGAGACCAAGGAGUUGGGUUGCCUUCUGGGGUCUGACAUCUGCCUCGCCCCGCCUGGCAGCAGCUGCAUGACCCUCCUCAUAAAGAACAGUGAGCUUGGUUCUGACAUCAUGGUGAGUGACUGCCGCCGCAAGGAGCAGAUGAGUGAUUGUUCAUAUACCCGCUCUUCUCCAGUGUUUGGCUUCUGGAUAUUUUCUCGAUGCUGCUUCCGGGAGUUCUGCAAUAACCCCCAGAACAGAGUCUUCUAUAUUCCUUAG